AUUUCAAAACAUUCUCGUGGUUUUCAAAUUAUUCUCUGUACAAAUAAUGCUGGCUUCUCGUGGUCUUCGUGGAAUCUCGAUACUUUCGAAGCGAUUCUUUGCGCCUUCCGCACAGCCUUCUCCGAAGGAGAUGACAAAAAAUGAUGUGGAUUUGCUGACAAAUCCCGGAGAGGAAUAUUUGGACGGAUUGAUGAAAUGGCACGGCAACGAGCGACCCUUGUUCAAAAAAGAGGACAUCUAUCGUUGGCAAGAUAGUUUUCCAGAGUAUCGACUGAAAUUGAUUUGUCUGAAAGACACGACAAGGGUCAUUGCAGUCGGUGCGUAUUGUUACUACAAUGCUCUGAAAGAAGGGGAUAAACCAUUGUUUUUCCUGGGAUUUGGAUGGACGGAUCCUGAGUAUCGUACUAGGGCGGUUAUGGAGCUUCAAGCUUCGAUGGCGAUCGAGGAGAGGGAUCGGUAUCCGCCUGCCAACGCGGCUUCGCAUCCAAACAAGUUCAUGAAGCGAUUCUGGCACAAGUUCAACGGCCUCGAAGAACAUGAGGACAAAGGUCACAAUGCUGUCGGUGCUGCAUACAAGAGUUUCUACGACCCCAAGGACAUGAUUAUUCCUGAAGAUCAGGAUUUUAGUGGUAUCACUGUAAAGGAUGCAAGAAAGGUGCCGAAAAAGGAUAUCAUCAACUACGAUCAAACUAUUCAUCCAUAUCAUCGUGAAAUGUUUAUAAUUUCUCACAUGUAUGAUAAGGAUGGGUUCGGAAAAGUUGCGUAUGAUGAAGAUGGAAAUGUGAUUGGAAUAGGUCAAGCGAUUGUCUAUCAAACCAAAAAAGACUGCAACCUUGGUCCAAUCUAUGCAGAUAAUCCACGUGUUGCUCAGGCUAUGUUUGCAUCAAUUCUGAAAGAUAUUAAAGCUUCUGCCACUGAAAUCGACCAUUAUGAGGUGCGAUCUUCACAACAGAGUCAAGAUUGUUUCCGGUGAGUUUUGAAGAGAUAAUGACUUCCAAAUUCAAAUGAUUUUUAUCUGGAUCGCUCCAUUCCUUAAGUGCAAGCCAAGUCGUGUCCACAUCGACAAUCUUUCGUACAGGUAUGAGAUCCCAGAUGGUGUUGAUUUUGCAAAGGUCUACAGUCCAAGUCAAGUGCAAAUGUUCCUUGUUUGAAAUUUUUAAAGUGAAAGAGAACUGAAUAAACUGGGAUUCGAA